AUGCAAGUCGCUCAAUACUCGACUUCAAAGGAAGUGUGGGAUUCGAUCAAAGUUAAGUAUUUAGGAGUUGACCUAGCUCAAAAGGCACGACUACAAACGAGAAGUGAACUAGAGAUGUUAAGGAUGAAAGCAAAUGAAAAUGUAAGUGAUUUUGGAGGAAAGUUAAGUAGUAUAAAAGCCAAGUUUAAAAGCCUUGGUGAAACUUUGGAAGAUAAGACACUAGUAAGGAAACUACUUAACUCCGCUCCAAAGAAGUUUCUACCUAUUAUGGCGUCCAUUGAACAAUGUCAAGAUUUAGACAAUAUGACAUUUGAAGAUGCCGUUGGAAGACUAAUUGCUUUUGAGGAACGACUCAAAAGCCAAGAUGAACAUGAAGAAAAUCAUCUAGACAAACUUUUAAUGACAAGUUCAAGCAAUCAAAGAUAUGGUAGAGGACGAGAAAGAAACUUUAAUAAAGGAGAAAGAAACGUUAAUAAUGGAGAAAGAGGUCGAGGAAGAGACAACCAGCAAGGAGGACGAGACAAGAAAUAUAUGAAAUGCUACAACUGUAACAACUAUGAACACCUUGCAUAUGAGUGCACCAAAUCAAAAGAAAAAGACAAUAACGAAGCAUUUCUUCUCGCAUAUUUCUCUGAUGAUGACCCAACGUUACUUUGA